AUUUCUUUUCUUUGGCGAAACUAUUUUUCUAUAUAUAUUUUUUAAUUUACACACAUAUAAUAUAUACAUAUAUAUAUAUUUUUACGCACAAUGGGCUCGUCCACACCCGAGAUUCUCCCAGACUGGGUACCGGGUUCAACAAACUAUCGUAUCCGUGUCGGCAUAAUGUCCGGGGUAUCUGCCAUCUACGCAGUAUUCGUCAUAUCCACGCUCAUUCUCUUCAUACUAAUUUCUCGAAACAAGCUCAGCGGGUUAGAAAAGCGCUCCGUAAAGCUCGUGUUAAUACAAGCCAUGGGCUGCUUCCUCAUUGGCUCCAACGGCCUAGCAACAGCGGCGCUUAAUGACUGGGCGUGUUUUGGCAAACUGUGGCUGUUCAAUAUUGGGUUUCUCCUGACCUUAUCUGCGAUUUCCGCACGGGCGUUCCGGUUGAUGGUUGUUUACAAGGUGCAUGAGCUCAGCAACCAGUUGUCCACACGGGACCCGAAGCUGAUGCAGUCGAUGGAAAUUUGGUCCACGGGGCAGUCCGCCAAGGCAGCGUACCCGGCAAGCCAUGUUACCAUCACGGGAUCUGUCGACUCCGUCCUUAUGAUGGCCGACUCAGUUCCGAGGAUGCGCCAGGCGCGGCAGCUCGAAAAGUACAAGCGGCUGCUGCCGUACGUCACCGACCGCAUGCUGAUCAUCUACAUUAGCGUAAUCAUGGCUCUUGGCGGCAUCCUAACCUUGGUAAUUAACAUCACGGAUAAGCAGUUUGCCAUGCGGCCGGUCAACAUCUACUGCUUCUUCAUGUGGGGGUUCUUCCCAGUCACGGGCAUCAUCAUCUUGUACUUUUUCGUUGUUUUUCCGGUUAUUCUGUGGCGUGUCUGGCGCGACAACGACGCGUACGGGAUUCGCAACGACCUGAUUAUCUGCGAUACCGUCGGCGUCGUCUGCAUGGCAGUGACAAUUGUCUGGGUUAACGUGCUGCAUGAGACGCAGCAGAUCUGGCCCGGCCUAUCAUUUAUCUGGUUUUUUGCUGUGCUCAUCCACAUCACAUCCGUGUUUAUCCCGUUGCUGCGCUCUAUGCAGCAUAUUAAAAUAUCUCAGAGCCAGGAGAUACUGCCGUUCAGAAUCAAUUUGCUGCCAUCCGAUGCUCAUGCCACAGUGAAUAUUAGCCAGGGCCGCCGCUUUGGAUUUAAUCGGAUGUUGGAUGAUCCUAUGGAGUAUCAGAAAUUCCGCAUGUUUGCGGUCUCGUGUUUCUGCUCCGAGCUGACUGGAUUUGUCGAGGAGUACCAGGCGUUAAAGGCGCGCACAGUGGCUGUUCUCCAGGACCAGAACCAGAACCAGACUGAGGGCUCAGGCCUAUCGCAGAUUAUCCCCCCGUCCCCCGAUACGGACGCACAUAUGGAGUCAAUAGAUGCGCAGUACAACAAUAUGGUGGAUUCCAUUAACCGGCGUCAUAAGGCCCAAAGCAUGGCUGCAAGCUCGUUGGCUUUAGACUACGCUGCAUCUACACAGGGCGGCAGGUGCACCACUGGUAUCAAUGUUAGCAUUCUGGAGACUGUCAAAAAAGAGUGCCCGGUUGAAAUCAAUCCAUAUAAGGACAAAAGUGGGGUGUUGCAGUUUCCGCCAGCUCUGAUUGAAAAGAUUGACGACAUUUUUGCUGUCUUUGUUGACCCGAUUUCGUACGCGUCGGUUAAUGCCACGCAGCCUGUGGUUAGGCGCGUUACUGAGGGAAUUAACUCGCACGAAUAUCCGUUGACGCUGUUGGAUGAGCUCAAGGACGAGGUGCUUUUCAUGCUAUACACUGAUGUUUUCACGCGGUAUAUUCGUAAAUAGAAUUAAAAGGGUUUAUAUAUAUUGUCAUUUGGUUAAUGCUAAAAAUAAAAAGUUGGGUGGGAAUAUUGU